GCCUUCCACCUGUAUCAUAUAUCGCCGUUCAUUUCAGCGGUGAAAAAACAGGCACGUAAGUUGAAGGAAGCAUUUGAAGUUUGGCACGAAGAAGAGGUCUCUGACUCUGACCAAGAACGUGCAAGAAACCUCAAUGCCGACGCGUGCCAUGGCCAUGUUACCAAGAUUGUGUGGCAGCCACGACGAGGGGAUGGAUGACCAGGAACACAGAAAUCGCAUUGAGUUUGAUCAAAGGUCCAUGGACGACGCCAGCCAAUACAGCCUCCAGGGCAUUCCGCUCCCUUCCCUCGGCGCCACCGCAGUCCCCAGCUGUCGGAGGACCAAUCUCCGUCCAUACAUUGUCUCGCCCUACACCCAUUAUUACAAAUUGUGGGAGAAUUUUCUGGUGUUCUUAGUUUUCUACACUGCAUGGGUUUGCCCUUUUGAGUUUGGCUUCCUUAAUAAACCGAAGGAUCACCUUUCCAUUGCUGACAAUGUGGUGAAUGCGUUUUUUGCCGUUGACAUUGUUCUCACCUUCUUUGUUGCCUACCUGGACAAGGUUUCAUAUCUGCUCGUGGACCAACCAAAGCUCAUUGCCUUGAGAUAUGCCAAAACAUGGCUUGCAUUUGAUGUCAUUUCUACCAUCCCUUCUGAACUUGCCCACAAAGUGUUGCCCGGUCCUCUUAAGACAUAUGGCUACUUCAAUAUACUCCGUCUUUGGCGCCUCCGUAGAGUUAGUGCCAUGUUUGCAAGAUUAGAAAAGGACAGAAAUUUUAACUACUUCUGGGUGCGCUGUUCAAAGCUUAUAUGUGUUACUCUAUUUUCAGUGCAUUUUGCUGCCUGCUUUUACUAUUUUCUUGCGCUAAAUCAUGAACAACGAUCAACAUGGCUUAGCUUGGCUACUGAACUCUCUCAAGACAAUCUUUGGAGUCUCUACGUAACAUCAAUGUACUGGUCCAUAUCGACUCUUUCAUCAGUCGGUUAUGGUGAUCUGCAUCCAGUAAAUACCAAGGAGAUGGUAUUUGACAUAAUAUACAUGCUCUUUAACCUGGGACUAACGUCAUAUCUAAUCGGAAACAUGACAAACUUGGUUGUUCAUGGGACAAGCAGAACUAGGAAAUAUAGAGACACGGUGCAAGCUGCCACAGGUUUUGCCCAUCGGAAUCAGUUACCUAUCCGCUUGCAAGAACAGAUGCUUGCUCAUUUGUCUAUGAAGUACAGAACUGAUUUAGAAGGAUUGCAACAACAAGAAAUUAUUGAAUCCCUUCCAAAGGCUAUUCGGUCUAGCAUCUCACACUACUUAUUCUAUUCACUGGUAGACAAAUUGUAUUUGUUUCGUGGAGUGUCAAGUGACCUACUCUUUCAACUGGUUACGGAUAUGAAGGCCGAGUAUUUUCCUCCAAAGGAAGAUGUGAUUUUGCAGAAUGAAGCGCCAACAGACUUUUAUAUCUUUGUUACCGGUGCUGCAGAAGUUAUCACUAUAAAUAAUGGAAUGGAACAGGUCGUUGGUGAGGUAGUGUCAGGAGACGUAGUUGGAGAAAUAGGAGUUUUAUGUUACAGGCCACAGGUGUUUACAAUUCGAACCAAACGACUGAGCCAAAUUCUUCGCUUGAACCGUACUACAUUUCUAAAUAUUGUUCAUUCAACGCUUGGAGAUGGGACAAUAAUCGUGAACAAUUUUCUCCAGCAUCUGAAAGAAUCGAGGUAUACAGGGAUGGAUGUUAUUUUGGCAGAAACGGAGGCCAUGAUUGCUCGAGGCAGAAUGGAUAUGCCCAUUACCACAUGCUUUGCAGCAGGCAGAAAUGAUGAUCUAUUGUUACGUCGUUUGCUUGAGAAGGGUUCUGAUCCAAAUGAAGAGAAUAAGGACGGACAGACAGCACUGCAUAUUGCAGCUUCCAAAGGCAAUAAACAUUGUGUAACUUUGCUUCUAGAACAUGGUGCUGAUCCCAAUAGCAAAGAUAAGGACGGAAAUGUACCACUGUGGGAAGCAAUUAAGGGGAGGCAUGAAUCUGUCAUCAAACUUCUAAUAAACAAUGGUGCAGACAUAUCUUCUGCUGAUGCAGGCAAUCUAGCGUGCACUGCUGUUGAGCAAAAUGACAUAGAAUUGCUCAAGGAAUUAAUUCAGUGUGGUGCGGAUGUGACACAACCCCAAAAGAAUGGAACCACUGCUCUGCAUAUGGCAGCACUUUAUGGAAACGCUGAGCUGAUUAGGUUCCUUAUAGACCAAGGAGCAGACAUUGACAAGCAAGAUGCUGAUGGGUGCACUCCCAGGGAUUUUGCAGAAAAACAUGAGCAUGAAGAAAUUAAAACUAUAUUCCACAACAUUGGAGAGAGCAGAAUAUCAAAGAGUGACGGCAUUAGGAGCUUUCAAAGUGAUCCCAGCAUGCUUGCUAUUUCCCAAGAAAGCAUGUCACUGCCAUCUACUCAAGAGUCGACUUGGCUUGAUAAUGGGAGAGGGUCUUCCAGCUCUUAUCAUAAUUCCAUUUUUGGAAUGAUCUCAAAAGCCAAUCGUGAUAGAAGACAUCGCCAGACAUAUGAAAGCAGUAACAUUAGUAAAGUUAAUGUGAAUGAAUCAAUCAGAGUGACAAUUAGUUGUCCAGAAAAAGGUGAACAUGCUAGAAAACUUGUUUUGCUGCCCAAGUCCCUUGAAGAGCUGCUAGAUAUUGGUGCCAGAAAGUUUGAUAUAUCUGUCACCAAAAUUGUGACCGCAGAUAGAGCUGAAGUUGACGAUUUAAAUCUUAUAAGAGAUGGUGAUCAUCUUAUUAUUACCGGGGAAACAAUAAUUGAUUCCUAAACCCUUUUGUUGUCAUGGGUAUCCAUUGUUGUGCAAUAGUAUCUUGCCACUAACUUUUUUUCUCCUUAGUUUUCUCUUAAGAAAGUACUCACAUUUGUAACUUGUUGAUGACAGGAUUAUAGCUGAUUUUAGAUUAGUUUAUAGCAGAGAAUGGAAAUGUUGAGUAUGUGGAGUUUGAAGGAUUUAUUGGGCAUGACCAAUUUGCCUUUUAUCUUUUUUUAUAAAUACUCAUGUAAUUGUAAACCUAAUCACGAAAUAGAAAAUACCAUCUAGUGCGGUCAUGGACGUAGGUUAUUUUGACCGAACCACGUAAAUCUCUGUGUCUUGUUAAUUUACUUUCUCUUUUGUAAUUGUGCGUGUGAGUGCGUUUGCGAUCCCCAACAAUUGGUAUCAAGAGCCUAGGGUUUCACACGAGUGGGAGCAAUGGUAGAAGAUGGGAAAGUGAUGAUUGAUAAGUUCGAUGGGAGCGAUUUUGGAUUUUGGAAGAUGCAGAUUGAAGAUUAUUUGUAUCAGAAGAGGUUGAAGAUUAUUUGUAUUAGAAGAGGCUGUACCAGCCUCUGUCUGAGAAUAAACUAGAAAUGAUGUCUUAGGAAGAUUAUGAGUUGCUAGAUCGGCAGGUUCUAGGCGUCGUCAGACUAACAUUGGCAAAGAAUGUCGCCUACAACAUUGUCAAUGAGAAGAUGACAUACAUUGUUAAUUUUUA